UUCUCCUCAGAAGAAAGAGGCACCAUUUCCUGCUUUUCUGAACGGGUGGGAUUCAGAGUUUUAUCAAAUAUCAUAGGCAAGUAAGUCCAUGAUACGUAUAUUCCUGACCUGUCAUGACUUUUCAAAAUAGCACACACCAAUGUAAGUCCUUGAGGAGCAAAACUGUGUAAACUGACACAAAUCCCUUCAUCAUGAACCUAGACAUGAGCUGUGUAUAUUUGACAUGAACUGACCCAUCAUCUAGUUCAAUAACUUGCCUACAAGUAUAUCCACACAUUGUUAUGCUACACGCAUGCACACACACAUUACUCUCUCUCUCUCUCUCUCUCUCACACACACACACACACACACACAAACGAACACACAAUUUCCUCCCUCCAGUGAUCCAUAACCCUCCCUGAUACCCCAUUCUCUGUCUCUCAGUCUGGGCAGGGUGCCAGCUGCCUCCCUCCCUUUCUGUCUCUCUCUCUCCCUCUUUUGCUGUGGAUCUCUCUCUGUGUGUAUUCUGUACAUACCAAGCCAAGUCACAAUGCUGCGCUUACUAAACCAAGUGGCUUAGACAUAUUCAGUGAUGCCGCUAUUCCCAGACCUCCCUCUCUGUGGUGGACUCGCUCUGUGAGGCAGUGCAGCUCUCAGACAGCUCUGAUGGCAGAGCAGGGCAGGUGGACGGUUCGAGCUGAGAAAUCAACAUCACUUGGUUUGGAAAUCUAGAACAACGAAGGACAAAAAGAGAAGGAGGAGCAGAGUCUUUGGAGAGCUGAGGUCUCGCUCUGUCUACCCACUCCCCCUCCCUUCUUCUCUCUCUCUCUCUCUCUCUCUCUCUCUUUCUCUGCACACACCCCACACACACAGUCUCACACACAGACACACUCUCCCUUUGCCUCUCCCUUCUUCCCUCCCUGUUUGUCUCCUCCACUCUCCGAUGCUGGUGUGGUGAACAGCAGGACACUCUCGGCUGAGCUGCAUGGAGGCACAGGGAGGGGCAGGGAGCCCAGAGCCCAAUAAAGAUAUCCAGAAGCUGCUGAAGCCCUCCAGCUCAACCGACCUAUCCAAGGAGUUGUUCCAGCACACAGCAGGGGAGGAGGAGGGCGGCCUGUCAGGGCACACAGCUAGUCUGCUGCACAUCACUGAGAAGAGACAACCCCUGAGUAGUGUGUCUUCUUUGGAAGUGCACUUUGACCUCCUGGAUCUGACUGAGCUGACUGACAUGUCUGACCAGGAGCUCGCUGAGGUUUUUGCUGACUCUGAUGAGGAGAACCACAACGAGUCCCCAGCAGGUUCCCAUCAGCCUGUGCUGCCCAGAGGUGGGUACAUGCGCUCCCCCUCCUGGACACGCUGCAGCAAGGUUGAGCCCCCACGAGAGAGAAAGCACCACAGCGAUUCAGACACCGCAGAGCCCUUAAUGAAGCUGGAAAGGCCGAAGCAGCCAUGAUAUCUGAUGUGAAACAGCCAGACCGCAGAGAGAGAAAACCCAGAGCCGACAGACACAGCCAGAGUGAGAACACAAAGCGGACCAAGAGGCCCCAAUUUGCCACCUUGCACGCACAUAAUGUUUCAUGGUGCUGAAUAGACGAGUUCAGGUUGAACUCUGGACACUGUGCUUUAACUUAAGAUGUGCAAUACACACACCCUCCUUCUCUCUCCCUCUCCUCUCUUUCUCUCUCUCUCUCUCUCUCUCUCUCACACACACAAACACACACACAAUGAUUGUGUUUUUCAAGCAAGGGGUUCUUAAUGCACUCUGGGCUGCCAGAAGAUUUUAAGCUUUGUUUUUGAAUGACAGACAGGGUAUGAGGUCAGCAGAAUAACAGCACCUCCAUCUGUACAGCCUCUCAGGGUGGGAAAUAGCCUGGAAAGUAAGAUUAGCACUAAAAAUUGUGUCCACUGCGCGUGAGCAGAACUUCCACAUGAAGUUCAGACACUGAGAUUUACAUCAAAAUGCCGGGACAUGACGUGAAACAUAAAUCAAUGGAGCGGUUCAAAACAAAAUAUCACGCUGAGGCUAUUACUUAAUGUGUUGCUUGAAAAUGUGACAGGGUUUUCCAUUGCUUGCAAAUAACUUCAGCAGUGGAAGUGGGUUUUGGUGAGGCGAUGCUCCAUCCAUCACACAUUCUCCAUCCCAAUGAAGAAUGUGUGGUGUAAUGACAAUUGCCUAAAUAAAAAUACUGCACUUCUCUCACUGAAUAUUUACGGUGCCCUCCAGAAUUAUUGGCAUUGGGUGAGAUGACUGGAAAGAUAAAUAGACCAAGUAGCAAGCUAGAUACAACACACUUUUCUAUUCUUAAAUACUUUGCUUUUUCAAAAUUUGUUUCAAUAGAUGUUUAUUUUCCAUUUUCCUUAUCAUUCUGAAAAUGAUGACUGCCACAAUUUCUGCUGCUAAGAUAAUUAAAGUUGAUAAUCCAAAGUCAGUUCAAAUUCCAUUCACAGAGAUGCAUUAACUAGAUGGGUACUGACAGUAGAAAAUUACACCAUAGUCUGGUGUUUGCAUGAAUACCAAAAAUACAAUGAAGUGCCAACAAUUUUGUAACCAUCUUAUAAAAGAUGAAUUUAACUACUGAUUUUCAAGCAAAAUAGCUCAUUACUUGAUUUAUUUAUCUCAUGUUUAGCUUGUCUGUACCAGGAGAGCCAAUGAUUCUGAAUGCUGUGAUGAUCAAAAGUGACACUGGGAUGGUAGGAGAAUAAAUAAGUC